AUGGCUUUGCACCCUGGGCAGCUGCCCUCCUUCCCUGGUUACGGCCCUGGUGCGAAAGUGAGGCCCUGCGUGAAGAUGAAGAAUCUCUUAGUAUUUGCUGUGCUAUUUGCUUAUGGCGCAGUUAUGACACAGGGGAGUCUCUGGGAGCUUCAAAAGAUGAUUAAGCAAGUCACUGGGAAAUGUGCCUUAUGGAAUUAUUCCAACUACGGCUGCCACUGCGGAUUGGGUGGCAAAGGGACGCCAAAGGAUGACACUGAUCAGUGCUGUUAUUUGCAUGACUGCUGCUAUAAGAGGCUCAGGCAUCAUGGAUGUAAUGCCAAAUUUAAAACCUACAGCUACUUCUACCUGAGUGGAAGGAUAUACUGCGGCUUGGGGAGCUGGUGCAAAAGGGAGAGCUGCCAGUGUGACAGUGACCUUGUGCUUUGCUUGAAGAAACACUUAAGCAGCUACAAGACGGGUUAUCGCUUCUAUCGAAAGAGACGCUGUGGGGAUAAGGCGCCCACGUGUUAAAAAGUUGCACAGAUGCUUUACCUGCCAUAUCAACGUACUCUAUAUUU